AUGCUCUUCACCUCCGCUGCCCUCGCCCUAGUGGCUGACCUCCCCGCUCUCGCUUCCCCUAUCCAGAAGCGCUUCAACAACGUCAAGAUCCGGGCCGGCCGUGAUGGCACUUGUCUGAGUCUGCCCCCGCUUGCAUCCCAGCCCCUCGCCAACGGCAACCCCGUCUACAAGCGCAACUGCGCCGAGGCCACCUCUUGGAACAUCGAGCGAGGAUCGGGGUCUAUCACCGUUGCCAACACCGCUGAGUCAUACGCCCUUGACGCUGGUGUCAAUCCUCACAACAACGUGGCCAUGAAGAUCUGGCAGUCAUACCCUGGUGCCACCCAGCAGACCUGGUACUACACCGAUGACAACCGGAUCGCCAUCACCGGCGGUGAUCAGUGCUUGGACCUCGGUGACAACGGGCCUCAGACCUAUCAAUGCACUCCAGGCAACACCAACCAAGUGUGGUACGUCGACAGCGGCAAUCCUGCACCUUCUACCACGGCAUCAUCAUCGGCCAUCCCUUCCGCGUCCAGUACCUCUGCUCCUCCCCCAGCUCAGACCCCUCGACAGAUCCGGUACGUCUAUGGCGACUACGGAUGUCUUACCGCCUCGGGCACCCCAGCGGACGGUACCCCUGUCGUUCUCGGCAGCUGCGAGAGCUCUCCCUCCAACACCUUCUACAUCAACCCCCUCAGCGUGCCGCAGCUGUUUGGCACCAACUACUGCCUGGACGCCGGAUCCAACCCAUCGAAUGGCACCCCGCUCAAGCUCUGGACUUGCGGUGCAUACCCUGGCUAUCCUCAACAGAAGUUCCGGCGCAUCCAGAGGGGCCUCGUUCAGACUGCCAACAACCAAUGCCUCGACAUCAAGGCGGACGAACCCUCUGUCGUGCAGACUUGGGAGUGCUCCAUCCUGGACGACCAGCAGCAGUUCCAGUUCACUCCUUAUUAG